GAACUGGAAGCUGCUCUUCACAGGGAUGAUGUGGAGUUUAUCAGCGACCUGAUCGCCUGCCUUCUUCAAGGUUGCUAUCAGCGCAGAGACAUCACAUCCCAGACGUUUCACAGCUACCUGGAGGACAUCAUCAACUAUCGCUGGGAACUGGAGGAAGGGAAACCCAAUCCCCUACGGGAGUCCACCUUCCAGGAGCUGCCCCUGCGCACCCGGGUCGAGAUCCUGCACCGCCUCUGUGACUACCGCCUCGAUGCAGACGACGUCUUCGACCUCCUCAAGGGGUUGGACGGCCGCGUGGAGCCGCUGGGCGAGGACAGCAGCGGUGCCCUGUACUGGUACUUCUACGGCACACGGAUGUACAAGGAGGACCCGGUGCAGGGGAAAACCAACGGAGAGCUGGCUCCAGACAGAGGAUGUGGGGGGCAGACAAACACCCCAAAUGUUCCUGGGAAAACAGGCAAGAGACGAGGGCGACCUCCAAAGCGGAAAAAACUACUGGAGGAAAAUCUGCUGAGGGAGAAGGCAGAAGAGAACUUGCUAAUCCAUGAGACUCCAAUAAGAAACGGGUCCCAAGGGCCUGGCCGUGGGACAUGGUGGCUGCUGUGUCAGACGGAAGAGGAGUGGAGGCAGGUCACGGAGAGCUUCAGAGAGAGGACUUCCCUUAGAGAGCGGCAGCUCUACAAACUCUUGAGUGAAGACUUCCUGCCGGAGAUCUGCAACAUGAUUGCACAGAAGGAGAAGCGUCUGCAGAGGACAGAGUUUUCUCCCAGGUGGAUGUCUGACCAUCAGCCCAUCAAACCAAUCAAGCAGGAGGUAAGCCCGAACGUGCUGAGUUCGAUGGAGAAGCAGAGGCGCAGGGAGGAAGAGGAGGAGCGCCAAAUCCUGAUAGCAGUGCAGAAGAGGGAGCAGGAGCAGCUGCUAAAGGAGGAGAGGAAGAGAGAGAUGGAGGAGAAAGUCAAAGCAGUGGAAGAACGGGCCAGGAGGAGGAAGCUUCGUGAAGAGCGAGCCUGGCUUCUGGCGCAGGGGAAGGAGCUCCCCCCUGAGCUUUCCCACUUGGAUCCCAGUUCCCCUACCAGGGAAGAGCGAAGGACCAAGGAUCUCUUUGAACUUGACGAUGAGUUCACCGCCAUGUACAAAGUUCUAGAUGUGGUAAAGGCUCACAAGGACUCUUGGCCCUUCUUGGAGCCCGUUGAUGAAUCGUAUGCUCCCAACUACUAUCAGAUCAUUAAGGCCCCCAUGGACAUAUCUAGCAUGGAGAAGAAGUUGAAUGGAGGUCAGUACUGCACCAAGGAAGAAUUUGUGGGCGAUAUGAAGACCAUGUUCAGGAACUGUCUUAAGUACAAUGGUGAAGGCAGUGAAUAUACCAAGAUGGCUUACAACUUGGAGAGGUGUUUCCACCGAGCAAUGAUGAAGCACUUCCCUGGGGAAGAUGGAGACACAGAUGAGGAGUUUUGGAUCAGAGAAGAUGGGAGACGAGAGAAGAGGAGCCGGCGGACUGGCCGCUCCAGCACAGGCAGUGUUUGGACUCGGUCGCGAGACUCAGAUGGACCAGGCAAGAGGCAGCAACGCCUGGAAAAUGGAGGAAAACCUCCACCAUAUCGAGCUACUUCCAGGGCUCCUGCUUCUUCCUCCUCUUCCUCUUCCUCCUCCUUCUCCUCAUCCUCUGCAGAGGAUCCAAGUGGCAACCCAAUGCAGCCUCCUCGAGAAGUGGGCCCUUCCAAUGGGCGAGGCUUCCCUCGCUCUCUGCAGUAUGGCGGCAUGCCCAGCCCUGUGCCACAUCCCGGCCAGAUGAGACCAGCCGUGCCGGGAACAUUUGGCCCCAUACGUGGAUCGGAUCCCACGAAACUCUACGGCUCGCCGCGAGUGCCUGAGCCCCAUCCCGGAGACCCGGUCCAGCAGCACCAGCACUUAGCCAUGCAGCCGGCUGUGGGACUGAGCGAGCACCGC